AUGCAAUUGUUUACGGACCUUCGAAUGUUCGAUGAAGCGCAGAUUUGCGACGAAUUCGUUUGCAGAGCGAUAAAUGUGAUGCGCAAAUUGGAACGAAGUGAUGUUGACAGCCUUCGGCGACUUGCUAGCUACUUUAUAAGAAAGUCAGAAUAUAACUUAGCUGCUAGAAUCUAUGGAAACAUCAAUGAUAUCAAAGCUAUGGCUCAAAUGCAUGUGGCUGCGGGACAUUGGACGGAUGCCUUUGCUAUAGCUGAUCGCUAUCCAAAAUACAUUGAAGAUGUUUAUUUGCCAUAUGCAAGAUAUCUAGCUGAACGAGAUCAGUUUUUGGAAGCGCAGAAAGGCAAGAUUUCUUAUCUGUACUAUCAUUGGCUGUUGAGCAUGCAGUACCUGGAAAGGUCCAAGGACAAUCCUUCACUCAUUCCGAAGUACUAUGCUAGUGCAAAACUUGCUGAAGUUUACUAUGCUUACCACGCAAUCUUCCUUUAUUGUAAUCAACCCUUCACCAGGCACAGCUCCGAAACACUUCUAAAUAUGGCCAGAUACUUAGCUGCACAAGAACCUGUGCCAAAUAUUUCUCAAGUUCUUAUAAACUAUACGAUGGCUCGAAUAGGUCGUGAACUUGGCGCGUACAAAUUGGCUCGUGACACACUUGAUCGUUUGGGGAGUCUUCGGGUCCCACCACGAUUGCAAAGGGAUGUAGAGCUGAUGACUGUGAAUAUUAGGGCCAAGCCAUUUUCGGAUGCUGAGGAUUUGUUGCCUGUGUGUCAUAGCGAAAUUUUCCCUUUUUUAGAAAUUCUGCCUUUGAUUGAAUUUUUUAUUGACGACGAUAUUCCUACCGAAGAAGCUGUGAGCUUGGUAGAAUCCGAGCCACCUCUUUCAGAUUCGAACUUCAAUCCUUUCCAGAAUGUUGCGAAAAAAUCCGGUGAAAUUCGCUUGAAUCGCGAUGAUCUAACUCGACUCGAAAAAGGUCAAGUAAUCAUCCUCCACUGGCCAGAACCUCUGAAAACUAAAUUUUUAUUCAAUCAAAUGCCAUCAAUCUCGGUAUCGAAAUGUCCAUCAUGCAAUAAGGUUUUCCACAGUGACGACUUCGAAAUGGCUGUGUUGCAAGAAGGUCAUUGUCCAUUUUGUCGUAGUGUACAAGAACGUCCGGACAAUCCUUACACCAUUGACGAACCAUAA